AUGAGGAUAGCAGACCAGCUCGAAUUAAUUCGCGCAGCUACUCAGCCGAGUCCACCUUCUCGUGUGGAACGAAUUCCAGAAGAAGCUUCCUCUUCAAAUAUAUGCCUGAAAGUCCCAGCCUGCGACACAGAGAUAUUCUAUGGGGGCUAUGAGGAAGGGCCAGCUUUUCGUGAUAUGUUCACAGCUGUCUACAUUAACCACCCUAAGCUCUCCCGUGCACAAAAGUUGUAUCAUCUCCGGUACAAAACGGAAGGCAAAGCUGGCUCAAUCGUCAAACAAUACCCAUUGAGCGAUGAUAACUUCGAGCUAGCAUGGGAGGCAUUACGGGCGAAAUACAAAAACAAACGUAUCCUAGUAGACAACCAAAUAAAAGUCAUACUCUCGCUGCCCAACGUACAAACCGAAAAUAGCGAGCAAAUACAAAGACUGCAAACAACAAUAAAUGGCUGUCUGUCCGCCUUACAUUCCCAAGGCGUAUCUACAGACAGUUGGGAUCCAAUGUUAGUCUAUAUACGCUCCUCGAAACUACCUGAAACCGCAUUAUCCUUGUGGGAGCAAUCUCUUGCAUCGCGAAAAGAGUUGUCAGCAUGGUCGCAAAUGAAUGACUUCCUCACUUCUAGAUACGAAGUGGUGGAGCGUCUUAAUCGGCUUCAUCCAAGCCAAAACAAACCGAAACCAGUCGCCACUCAAAACAUCGCUCACAAUAGAUCCUUUAACAGGAUACAAUCAUUUGUGGCGGAACAAAACAGGGAUAACACAUGUCCGUGUUGCAAUUCCCGACACGCGAUUUCGCAAUGCCACAAUUUCAAGAAAAUGUCGGUAUCUAGCAGAAUACGUUUUUCAAAGCAGAAUAAGCUCUGCAAAAACUGCUUAUCAAGAAGUCAUCACAGUAAUGAUUGUACUAGCAGGUUUGCAUGUGCACAUUGUCAGUUACGGCAUCACUCCUUGUUGCACCUAAAUGCAAAACCAAACGCUCAAAACGCCAGCAGCAGUUCUCAUAACUAUACUGUGCAACACCCAACUGCCAAGUCUACUUCCACAGUUCGACAAGCGCAUACAAGCUCCAGUCCAAGCGAGCAACCGUGCUGCUCUAAGCAAGCACAAAUUCAAUCGUUACAUGCGGGACACGAUAGCAGAACUCUCCUUCCAACUGCCAUUAUCGCAGUGGAACUUUUCAUCGAAAGUUCAGAAAAGGUUGCGUCUUCCAGUCGAACAUUCCAAGUUCGAAAUUUCUGGAAUGGGUGGACACAUCGUCCAAAACACAUCCAAACUUUGUUCCUUGACUUUGGUAUCAUCCAAAUCAAGCAACGGAUCAACGCCCAAGCCAUCGUGCUACAAAAGCUAACGAGGCAUUUGCCAACCUUUACCUUAAGCCGUAAUACCUGGCAACAGUUCAAAAUCCUUGAACUAGCUGACCCAAAUUGCCAUAUACCAGCUCAAACCGACAUGGUAAUAGGCAGUGACAUACUCCCACAAAUUCUCGUGGAAGGUGUACAAACAAUUUGCGACACAGUACUUGCGCAAACCACUAUAUUUGGCUGGAUCCUUAGCGGUCCAGUAACCGAAAAAGUGGUGUCAUUCUCGACACAAGUAGAAGAAAUCUCAACUGAUACACUUGGUGAUCAAUUGAGAAAGUUCUGGUAA